AUGCAUUGGCUGGUCCUUGCUCUAUUUCCCCUUCUUAUCCACGCACAAGCGUCUGAUGAAAACCCAUUUCUAUGGCAAGUAACAGUUCAGUACGAUAUUAUAAAGUCAAAUAUCACCCAGUCCUACGUAGUCGACACUUCUCAAAAACUACACAGCCUUGAUUUCCAGACAGUCUAUCCACUAAACGACUAUUUUGGUCACAAUGAGCGAUUAGUAAUGGACAUGGGCGAUGCAUGUACAAACACAACCCUUGACGACUUGGAACACCGCAACGGAAAUACUCCCACAAGCCCAUCAAUGAUGUCUCAGCCGUCCAUUGGACUUGUGCAGCGUGGAGGACGUUGUAGCUCUUGGAGAGAAAAGAUUAAUACUGUUCAAGCUCUGUCAAGCGCCUAUCGACUCCAGAUUACAGCUGUACUUAUUUACGACAACGUGUCCUACAAUGACACUGUUAUUCAGUCCGACCCUACAACAACAACCGACUAUCCAGUCUGGGAUCCCGCUACCCUUCCACCCGAACGCAACGUGUCCCAAAUGUCCGAAAAUGACCUUGAUCUCAAAACCACUUUUUUAGCCGUUUAUUUUGUACCUUUUUCCUACGGCGCUCGGCUUCUCCAGAGCCUUGAGAGCAUAUUUUCUGAUCAAGCCAUCAAACAGCAAUACAUCCAAGUUACAACAUUCCUCGGAGAGACAUCUUUUGUCACAGAAGGUGUGGCCACCACAAACACUACGUCCAACCCUCACGAUGACAGCAAUCGGGAUGAUAUAUGGUCUUUAUUUUCAGGCACAAGAAGUUACAUUAUUUAUAUUGUUGUGGCUAUAGCCGUAUUGAUACUCGGCGUAUUUUUCAUUCGUUUCUUCAUUGUAAAUCGUAUCAGGAGACAGUCUGGUAGUGUAACUAGACAACUUGAGGAAAGUCCCCAGGUUACUUUGGCUAUUAUCCCAAUUGGUUCCGAGACUGAGAGACCACCGGGAACUACAAUUUCCGAGAAGAAGCUCGAGAAAAUGAGUCCUAUUCAAGCCUAUUCGAAUGAAAAGCUUUCAAACCCUGAAGAUACUUUGUGUAUCAUUUGCCUCGAUGACUUUACUGAUCUAUCUUCCGUGCGUACCUUACCGUGCGGCCACAUCUUUUGCGUUCCAUGUAUUGAUCGUUGGUUGACAAAAAAGUCUGGUGUUUGCCCAGUUUGUAAAUUCGAUUGUGCAAAAGCAACUGACCAUAUAAAGGAUGAAGAAGAAGAAGAAGAAGAAAGUUCAGAAGAAACCAAAACUUCCUGCCCUACACCCUUGCAGUAA